GUGUCCAGUAGCUAUGCCAUCCAAGAAAGCAGCGCGUAAACAAGCUGCGGCAUUGACGGACCAUACGAAGCCAAAAGCUGUAGUAAAAAGUCGCGAUAAGGGGAAGAAGGAAGCUGGCAAUUUGGCGAAAAUGGGAGGAUCGCAUGAUUAUGGCUAGAACCACUACAUCAAGACGAUCUAUACACGGCUCUUUUCAUUUUCUGGCUUUAUCCAGCGUAAAAAUAGUGUUGUCGAGUUGUGGCUGAAGCCCAUGCUACUCUAAUCUUUCUCCCCCAGCUCACCAUCCCAGGCGAAAACUUUAUCCGCCUUACAAGAACAGCAGCUUCUCAUGAGCGAGAACAUGGCCUUGCGCAUUGUCUACUCCGCCAAACGACUUAGGAGAUUUUUGCAGCAGAGUGAAAUCCUGACCUGUCGUGGAUGCUCCAAAAGACUUCGCUGUCCCAUGUUCAAGAAACCGGCACCGCCAGAACCAACUACAGCAACUUGUGCUGACGUCGUGAAGAUACUUUUUGGCCUAGCGCAGUACUGCAGAGGGUACUUGAGACUGUUGGCGAAUUGUAGUGCAGGAG